AUGGCCGAAGUUCGACGUCGAAAAGUCGAUGACACUGCUGCUUCUGCUGGAGAAGAAGAUGCAGCGAAUAAUUCUUUGGGAGCCAGUGCUGGAACAUCCGAAGCCGAUAAACGAAAUUCAUCGGCAGCUGAAUCUUCAGAUCAUAUUGAAUCGGAAGAUGAAAAAUUACCCGAAGAGAAAUUUGUGGAAGAAUUGUCGAAAAAUCUACCACAAGGUACGGAUAAAACGCCAGAAAUUCUUGACUCGGCAUUAAAGGAUUUGCCAGAUAGAUGGAAAAAUUGGGUUAUUCGUGGCAUAUUCACUUGGAUUAUGAUUUGUGGUUUCUGUCUAAUCAUUUAUGGCGGACCAUUGGCGUUAAUGAUUACGACCCUAUUGGUGCAAGUGAAAUGUUUCCAAGAAAUCAUUUCGAUUGGCUAUCAAGUCUAUCGUAUACAUGGCCUACCAUGGUUCCGUAGCUUAUCAUGGUAUUUCCUAUUGACUUCCAAUUACUUUUUCUAUGGUGAAAAUCUAGUGGAUUAUUUCGGUGUGGCCAUUAAUCGAGUGGAAUAUUUGAAAUUUAUGGUCACCUAUCAUCGUUUCCUCUCCUUUGCCUUAUACUGCAUUGGAUUCGUCUGGUUUGUUCUGUCGCUGGUCAAGAAAUACUAUAUGAAACAAUUCAGUUUGUUCGCCUGGACUCACGUUUCAUUGCUGAUUGUUGUCACCCAAAGUUAUUUGAUUAUACAAAAUAUCUUUGAAGGCUUAAUUUGGUUUAUUGUACCCGUAUCGAUGAUUGUGUGCAACGAUGUUAUGGCCUAUAUGUUCGGUUUCUUCUUCGGCAAGACGCCACUGAUUAAGCUGAGUCCGAAAAAGACAUGGGAGGGCUUUAUUGGUGGUGGCUUUGCAACUGUUAUUUUCGGCAUAAUAUUCUCAUACAUUUUGUGUCAUUAUCAGUACUUCGUUUGCCCCAUUGUCUAUUCCGAAGAAUUGGGCAGCAUGUCGAUGAGUUGUGAGCCAAGCUAUUUGUUUACUCCCCAGGAAUAUAGUUUGAGUGUGUUUGGCAUUGGAAAAUCGAUUCGUGUGAUACCCUUCGUUUGGCAUUCAAUAUCCUUAAGUCUGUUCAGUUCAAUAAUUGGUCCAUUUGGUGGUUUCUUUGCCUCUGGCUUUAAAAGGGCAUUUAAAAUUAAGGAUUUUGGCGAUAUGAUUCCUGGCCAUGGUGGCAUUAUGGAUCGUUUCGAUUGUCAAUUUUUAAUGGCCACUUUUGUAAAUGUUUACAUUUCCAGUUUCAUUAGAACACCAUCGCCAGCUAAAUUAUUAACACAGAUUUACAAUCUUAAACCGGAACAACAAUUGCAAAUCUUUGAAUCACUUAAGGAAACACUGGGUGAUGCUCUAAAUUAAGUUAGCCUAUC